AGGGGAGUGACAGCCGGCUUUGUCUUUUCUGAGCCGCUCAUUCCAGCCAUAAAGGCCGGGGAAGGUGGCCCUGGGACUCUUUGUCCUGUGUCCAUCGUAGUGCGAGGAGAGCUGGAUUUACCUGCAGUCACUUUCUGAAGAAGUGAGCUCCAACUCAGGACAGCCAUGGAUGAUGUAUACAAAGCAGCGGUUGAGAACUUAACAGAGGAACAGAAAAAUGAGUUCCGCGCUGCUUUUGACAUCUUCGUGCAGGACGCUGAGGAUGGCUGCAUCAGCACUAAGGAGCUGGGGAAGGUGAUGAGGAUGCUGGGCCAGAACCCCACUCAAGAAGAGCUGCAGGAGAUGGUGGACGAAGUAGAUGAAGAUGGCAGCGGGACAGUGGAUUUCGAUGAGUUCUUGGUCAUGAUGGUGCGCUGCAUGAAAGAGGAGAGCAAAGGAAAAUCGGAGGAGGAGCUUGCAGAGGUCUUCCGCAUGUUUGAUAAAAACGGAGACGGUUACAUUGACUUAGACGAGCUGAAGAACAUGCUGGAAUCUACAGGGGAGGCCAUCACUGAGGAUGACAUAGAGGAGCUCAUGAAGGACGGAGACAAAAACAACGAUGGCAAGAUUGAUUAUGAUGAGUUUCUGGACUUCAUGAAGGGGGUUGAGUAAAAGCCCUGCCUGAUGAAAGAUUCUGACGCAGCUCCACCAGUCCCAUAUCUGUCCAACUCAUCAUUCCCUGUCCCAGACACAGGACACCAGCAGAGUUAGCUCCCUCAACUAAAUCCGAUCCGCAGAACAUAAAUGCAGAAAUAAGAUGGAAAAAGCUAGGACAACAUGUAAAUAAUAUUAAAUUACUAUGUAGAAUAUAUUGGUUAUAAAGCUAUUCUGUACACCCAAACACUGUCUCCAACACCAACUGCAAGUUUGUGAUGAAUUAUAAAAAUAAAUUGAAUUUCUGUAA